AGCGCAGCAACCUGAUGGACACCUCGGAGCCCGUGAGCGCAGCCGAGGAGGAGGAGGAGAAGGUGACGGAGCAGAGGCCCAGAACCCGCUCCAACCCGGAGGGGGCCGAGGACCGAGCCUUGAGCAAGCAGGCCAGCGUGGGGAACCGCAGCGAGGGGGAAGGAGAGGCGGCUAGUGCUGAUGACAGCCCGCAGAGCGCUGCCACGCCCAAUGGCAAAGACUGGCAGGUCCCGGCACAGCCCACGGAGUUCCAGGUCAAGACACCCAGGGUGAACUGCCCUGAGAAAGUGAUCAUCUGCUUAGACCUUUCUGAGGAAAUGUCUCUGCCCAAACUAGAAUCCUUUAACGGAUCCAAAACCAAUGCUCUGAACAUCUCCCAGAAGAUGAUUGAGAUGUUUGUGAGGACGAAGCACAAAAUCGACAAAUGCCAUGAGUUCGCUCUGGUGGUGGUGAACAAUGAUGCCACCUGGCUCUCCGGUUUCACCUCUGACCCCAGAGAAGUCUGCAGCUGCCUGUAUGACCUGGAAACUGUGGUCUGCAAGUCGUUCAAUCUCGAAGGCCUCUUCAAUCUCAUACAGCAGAAGAUUGAGCUUCCGGUGACGGAGAACAUCCAGACAAUCCCACCUCCAUAUGUGGUCAGGACCAUCCUGGUGUAUAGCCGGCCAACCUGUCAGCCUCAGUUCUCCAUGACAGAGCAGAUGAAGAAAAUGCUUCAGUGCCCUUAUUUCUUUUUUGACGUGGUUUAUAUCCACAAUGGUGCCGAGGAGAAAGAGGACGAGACAAGCUGGAAGGUGAGAGCCCUGUGGGAUCCGUAGCAUGACCCACCCUCUCUUGUCUGAAUCCUCCCCACUCUGUCAGACAUCGCUUCAGGCAUGGAUGAGGCUCUGCCAUCCCUGUCUGUCCUGGGCCAUUCCUUGCAUAUCGUCUCAGCAGUUAAGAUCCAUCGAU